GCCGGGGCUGGCGCGUCGCGUCAGCAGUGAUCGCAUUCGCCCCGCUCAAUGGGUGCCCGAUAAGUAGAAUGCGCGCCUGAACGAGUUGCCAUUUCCCGUUCAUCACCUCCCCCGUUGAAUGGCCGCGUCAUUGUCGCUUUCCCAAGUGUAUCUCAGGUCCUUCGAAGCUCGCCCGAACGUUACUCUCGCCUUUACAGGCGGCUGCUUGCAGGCCCUGGGCGAUGCAGUAGCGCAGAUUACGCAGAAUGUCACCCGCAAGCCGCAUGAAGAGCGACUGCCGUACGACCCGCUGCGAACCUUGAGGUUCUUCGUGUUCGGGUUUGCGACCAGCCCCCUCAUCGGCAAAUGGAACGUGUUCCUCGAGCGCAAGUUCCCUCUUAAGACCCAUGUACACCAGAAAGUAAGCUUCAAGAGCCUCGGCAAGCGCGUCGCUUGUGAUCAGAUCGUUUGGGCUCCGAUAGGUCUCGGCGCUUUCCUCGGCGGCAUGAGCAUCAUGGAGGGCUGCACAUCCGCGCAAAUACGCGAGAAGUUCAGCGACCUGUACAAGCCUCUGCUCAUCACGAACUGGCAGGUCUGGCCGCUGGCGCAGGUCAUCAACUUCCGCUUCAUGCCGAUAGCGUACAGGGUGCCGUUCCAGUCGACCUGCGGCGUCUUCUGGACGCUCUACCUUUCCCUCCUGAACGCCAAGGAGGACCAAAAGCAGCACCGAGGGCAGCUUAUGCACGAGACGAUCACCAAGGAAUAAUACCUCGGCGACUGUUCCUCCUCGAGCUCAGUGGAUAUAUUCGGAUCGGACUCGCUCCCCUCCCUUCUCAUAGAGAGCACCUUUUGGGAUUCUGGUUGCAUUCUGGCCUUCGCAUGUAGUUAUUCAUUCAUAUUUUGGGUCAUUCUUCCCGUACUUCUCAACACACGAAUACACCCCCGACAAUCCCCUUGAUACACCUCCGCACCCUCGCCCCAUCAUGCACGAUAUACCUACCUCAUGCACGUCCAUAAUCUGUAUCUACCGUACGCACCAUGUAUUUCUACGAAUGGCAUCCCCCGUAACUGGUUUCGGAGUAGGAAGCUUGAAGAGGGCUGGCCUAGUUGUUGUGCAUCCGUAGAGGCCAGGCGCUGUUCGUGAAUACAUGCUGUACCAGUAAGGUGGUUUCCUCCCUUUCGCGUAUGGUGAUGCUGGAACAGAACCAAAC